UUAAUAAUACCAUCACGAUGUACACCCAUGUUAUAGGGCUGACCGAUUCAAAUAUGCGGGGUUUCCUUUCUGUUUAUUUUUAAUAGCUGAUGCUUGAUUGUCAUCUUGAAAAAACCCCGGGUCUAUUUACCUAAAGAAGUUCGUUUUAAGAACUUGGCACCCUAGGGAUAGUUCCUAAUACACACCUACCUCCUACAUACAACCAACCUACAUCUUCAAGAGAAAUGGGACCCCCCAUCGAUUUGAAGCAGCCUAUUAAUAUUCAAGCAGGGAAUACUCUCAAAUUAGAACCCGAUAACAACAGUAAGAUCUCAAGGGCAGCACUAUCGCGAGUUUUGGGUGGUGUAAUUACCGCCACAAAGUUUCCUCCAGAUGCUACAGACCAGAUCUUGACACGACUCUGUGGGGAUAUUGUCGGAAAACAGGACCCCGACGUGGCAUUGGACUUCAAGUGCUGGCGUGAUAGCAUCAAGACACGAAUAAACGAUGCAGACUUAAAACAGAUUGCCAACUUAGGUCUUGCCAUCGCAUACCUACGCGAGCUGUACAAGCAGGACGAGAAUCCCUGCGAGGCCGUGAGCAGAGCCGACACCGCAGUUAUAUGGCAGCUGAUCCGCAAUGCACUCACCAGCAAGGCGGUCUCGCGACCGCUCUGUACGGCUUCGCGAAGCGCGCAGGGCUUUCUUUCCAUAGCGCUUUGCAGCUUGAUCAAAGACGGGAAUAUAGACGAGCUAUUCCGACUCCACGUAUGGCUACCGGACGGGCAGCGAGGCACCCGAGAAGUCGCCAUCCACUCCCACCAAUCCACCGUGCAGAGCUGGAUUUUAGCCGGUGAAGGAAUAGACCACUCGUAUGAAGUCGAGCGUGUCAAAGACCCGAAACUCGCCACUCAUUGCGAAUACAAACUGUCCUGGAGCGACGGAAAGAACUUGGACGCCAAGUACAAGGCGCACCAGACGCAUUCGACAAUCGUCAACACGAAAGUGCCCGCCCGCGCAACGCUCGCAAGGAUGGAGGCGCAUAAACGAGGUGCAAGCUACGUGAUCCCCGCCGCCAAGUACCACGUCACCGAAGUGGCGCCCGACGGGUUCCACGCCACGCUCUUCGUGUUCGACUCGCAGCGGGGAUUCGUAAAAGACGCCGGCGUCCUCGGUCCCAAGGACUCGGAGAGCUUCACGCAGCAGCGCGACCCGGCCGACGUGACGGCGAAGACGCUGGCGCAGAUGGUCGACGCCGUGCGGCGGUGGGAGGAGCUCAUGGACGAAGGGCAGAAGCACAUGCAGCGCGCGGAGUGGGAGUCCGCCUCGGCGAUCUUCAGCAAGGCCUUCAUGACGUGCAACCGCAACCGCAACUUCCCGAACCGCGUGUACCACGAGAACACGGUGAUGCUGCGGCUCGCGCGCGUCAACCGCUGCUACGGGCGGUACGAGAUCGCGAAGGAGAUACUCGAGAAGCUGGUCUCCAACACGGAGGCGAACGCGCUGCACGUCGACUCCACCGGAGAGCUGGGGGUCGUGUACCGCCACCUGUCGCUCCUCACCGACGCGAAGCGCGCGUUCGCGAUGCAAUACGAGACGGCGAAGAAACUCAACCUCGAAGCGGACACGUGCCGCGCGAUCGGCAACCUCGGCGUCGUGAACUACCAGCUCUCGCAGGACACGCACGACGAGCAGCUGCUCGACCUCGCCAUCGCGCAGCUCCAGGAGCGCGUGCGCCGCGCGCAGGAGCUGCAGAGGUCGCUCUCGGACGACUCGGGGCUCAUGAUCAACGCGGUGAACUGGGAGAUGAUCGGGCUGUCGCGGCUGUCGCUGUGCCUGAUCGCGCGGGGCAAGACGCGCGAGGCGACGCAGGAGGCGCGGAAGUCGCUCGCGCUCGCGCUGCGGUCGGGCGACCCGACGGUGAUCGCGAUGACGUACUUCUUCUACGGGCACGCGCUGAUGGCGGACGGGCAGCGGGAGGAGGCCAUAAAGCAGUUCGGCGUGCUGCACAACUGCACGCCGGCGAUCGCGCUGUGCAAGGAGCCGUCGCGGGAGCACCGCGAGUACCUGCGCGAGCUCGUGAACGCCGGGGUGGACUUGGACGUUGUGGACGAGCAUGGGUACACGGCGUUGGACUACGCCGUGUUCAACGAAGACGACGAGUCCGAGGAGCUGGUGCUCGAGGCGCUGCGGAAGGAGGUGGGGCAGGAAGGCAGCGAGGAGAGGAGGGUGGGGGCUGUGCUGCGCAAGUGCUACCGCGAGCUGUUCCAGGACAAGCUGCGGCCGGUGCUGCUCGGCGGCGAUGACCCGGGGUGGAUACAGACGCUGCGGAGCACGUACGCGACGGCGCUCGCCACCGACGAGGAGAAGAGGAAGCUGUUCCUGGGGUUCUCGUUCAUCCCCUACGCCAAGUUCAUACAGUUUGGGCGGCUCGCACGGUCCGACGAUGAGAUGGUGCGCCAGACGAAGCAGCAUCUCGAUGGGAAGGAUAUGAUCGACAGCCCCGAGUUCAUCAUAUUCUUUUCCUAUAGGUGGAUUGGGUAUCGCUCCGGGUCGAAUUCGCCGGAUGAUAAGCAGAAUACGCAGUAUAAGCGAAUGUUGGCCGCUGUUGAGGAGUUUCUGCGGUUACAUCCGUCCAUCGAUAGGGAAAAGCUGGGAAUAUGGGUGGACUACGCGUGCAUUAACCAAGAAGACCCCUUACCCGGGGCACAUUCUCUACCCUUAAUCCUAAUGCAGUGCGAUGCGAUUAUCGGGUUAGUCGACGAUGAAUAUCACACGAGGGCGUGGUGCUCAGUUGAGGCAUUGCUGGUGCAAACGAUCAAGAAAUCGUACGGGAUGCACUAUUGGUACGAGCAAGUGAAAACAGCAGAGGGGUGGGCACUACAAGAAGGGCCGAUAGACCUCGAGAUUUCUAUUGCGGAGAAGACUCUAAGUUUUGAGAAGGUGGACAGGCCUAAGGUCAUGUUUCUCGAGAGGCAAAGUGUGCUACUAGGGUGAUUGUUUAACUACGCAGCCUGUUCUAUCCUGUAUUAAAUAUCUAGAAUACCUACCUACCUACGGGGCAAAAUGUAUCCUGUCCGUACGAAUAAUCUUAUUGUUUUUAA